AUUGUUGUUGUUUUGUAGUUAAUUUAGAUUUGGGAUACAUUUCGGUUCGGUUGCUGGAAGCGUUCUCCCGGUUGUAACAACAAACUACGGCUCGUAACCGAUCACAGCUCGAGAAUUGCGCAAUCCCGAUACAAGCUAUCCGCGUUCACAAGCUAUCUUCCUGAAGGAUUCUGGCCAGCUGAAUGCAUGCAGGGUAUGACGUCGAAUUUUAAGGCAAGCAAGGCAUUAAAGGUAAAGAAGGAGGCGGGCGAGAAUGCCCCCGCCCUCAGCGACGAUGAGCUGGUGGCCAUGACGGUGCGUGAGCUCAACCAGCACCUGCGCGGCCUCAACAAGGACGACAUGGCGCGUCUGAAACAGCGCCGCCGCACGCUGAAGAACCGCGGCUACGCCGCCAGCUGCCGCAUCAAGCGCGUGACGCAGAAGGAGGAGCUGGAGCGGCAGAAGACCGACCUCCAGCGCGAGGUGGACAAGCUGGCCCGCGAGAACGCCAGCAUGCGGCUGGAGCUGGACGCGCUCAGGGCCAAGUACGAGGCCCUGCAGUGCUUCGCCCGCACCGUGGCCCGCGGGCCCCUCUCUCCGGGGAAGGUGGCCGCCACCAGCGUCAUCACCAUCGUCAAGUCGGCCAACCGCGGCCCCGGCUCCACCCCUUUCUCCUCCUCUUCCUAG